AUGGCCACGGGAGGGGAGGGCAGCGGAGGCAGCGCUGGGGAUCCAGCCCCCUGGUUCAAGGACACAGCCCGGCCCGCCCUGCUCCUCGCCAGCGCCUUCUUCCUCUGCCUGUGGGCGAGGAGGCGCCUCAGGCCGCCGAGCGGGAGCCCGCCCGGUCCCUUCGCCUGGCCCCUGGUGGGUAACGUCCUGCAGCUGGGCCGCCUGCCCCACCUCACCUUCUGCAAGAUGGCCCAGCGGUACGGCGACGUCUUCCAGCUGCGCCUGGGCCGACGGGCAGUGGUGGUGCUCAACGGCGAGGCCGCCAUCCGCCAAGCCCUGGUGAGGCAGGGCGAGCAGUUCGCCGGCCGGCCCGACUUCCCCUCCUUCCGCCUGGUCUCCGGCGGCCGGAGCAUGGCGUUUGGGCGCUACAGCGAGCUGUGGCGAGCCCAGCGCCGCCUGGCCCACGCCAGCCUGCGGGCCUUCUCCACGGCCAGCGGCCGCAGCCUGCAGCUCCUCCAGCAGCACGUGGCGGCGGAAGCGCGGGAACUCAUCCGGGGCUUCCUGCGGCGGGGUGCCGGCGGCGCCUACUUCGACCCAUGCCCGCUCUUCACCGUGGCCAACGCCAACGUGAUCUGCGCCCUGUGCUUCGGCCAGCGCUACAGCCACGAUGACGGCGAGUUCCGGGCGCUGCUGGGCCGCAACGACAAGUUCGGGCAGACGGUGGGCGCGGGCAGCCUGGUGGACGUGCUGCCCUGGCUCCAGGCCUUCCCCAACCCCGUGCGCAGCGUCUUCCGCGACUUCCAGGCGCUCAACCAGGAGCUGCACGACUUCGUCAGGGCCAAGGUCGCCCAGCACCGUCGCACCUACGACCCGCGGCUCACCCGGGACAUCAGCGACGCCGUCAUCGGCAAGAUCGAGCAGGGCGGCGGCGGGGCGCAGGAGGGGCUCAGCCGGGACUACGUGGAGGGCACCAUGACCGACAUCUUCGGGGCCGGCCAGGACACCACCUCCACCGCCCUGUGCUGGGUCCUGCUGCUGCUGCUCAAGCACCCGCACCUCCAGCGCCAGCUGCAGGCGGAGCUGGACCGCGUGGUGGGCCGGGACCGGCUGCCCACGGCCGAGGACCGCGGCUGCCUGCCCUACUUGGAAGCCUUCAUCUACGAGACGCUCCGCUUCAGCAGCUUCGUGCCGGUCACCAUCCCGCACGCCACCACCGCCGACGUGGUGCUCCAGGGCUUCCGCAUCCCCAAGGACACGGUGGUCUUCGUCAACCAGUGGUCGGUCAAUCACGACCGGCACAAGUGGAAGGACCCCCACCUCUUCGACCCGGGCAGGUUUCUGGACGGAGAGCAGAAGUUGGACAGAGACCUGACCUGCAGCGUCAUGAUCUUCUCCAUGGGCAAGAGGAGGUGCAUCGGCGACCAUCUCUCCAAGCUGCAGAUCUUCCUCUUCACCGCCAUCCUCCUGCACCAGUGCACCUUCGAGGCCAACCCGGCCGAGCGGCUCACCAUGGACUGUAUCCACGGGCUGGCCCUCAAACCUCUGCCCUUCACCGUCUCGGUGAAAAUGAGAGACACCCCUCGGAGCUGCCAGGCUGGGGAUGCCCAGUGAAGAACCACCCUACUCCGAGCCCUCUGGGUGCACCACUGCGCUGGGCAUGCCAGCUCGCCCUGCCUACACUCAAGAGCACGUCUCCCAAUGGGAACGCUCUCUGUAUAGCUUUAGGUAAGAUCAUUGCUUGUAUGAGAGGUUUUCUCCCCCGCGCAGUUACUCCCUUUCCUAGGAAAGUCAGAAGCCCUUCACGGUGAAUUUUUGUUAUCUCCCCUUUGAAAGCCUCCAGCCGUUAAGGAGGGAACAGAAAGUCCCCGGCAGCGAGCGAUCCUUUCUGCCCGCUGCUCCCCACCCGCCUUCUUGCUCGAUAGUCUUCUGUCUGCUCCGUGUUAGAUGAGCUCUGACUCCGAUGCAGUUUCAUUCCAUUUCCGAUUGGCAGUGGCAGCAUGUGGAGCCAGAGGCGAUCUUAACACAGCAUCUACUGCCAAGUGAGCUGUAGUUACCUUGAUGAUGCCUUUUUGCAGGUCCGGAAUCUCAGCGAUUUUCACUUUCUAGAGAUCAGACGUUUCCGAUCUCUGGCUGCAUAGAGGAAGUCCUUCAACCUGGCUCCUGUAUGUGGCAGAGGUUUGAAGAGCAAGCUCAGCCUGAAGGCAAGGAGGAUUGAGAAAAGAAGCGCUGUUUUUGCUAACUUCCCUGAAUUAUUGUUGGCAUAAAAGGGUCGGCGUAUUCGCCCUGCCCCUUAUCAAAACUUCAGAGCCUUACAACAGUUCAUAGCAAGAAGUGAAGGGAUCUAGAUUAGUAAUGAUUUAUUCCACGUAAAGCAGACCAUAGGAGUGUAAACCACCUGUGAAAUGUACACUAGCCCCGCUAGAACUGCAUAAACAAACCUACCAGCAGGCAGUCGGGGUACUCACCUGCCCUAAUUAUUUGCAUUCCGAUUCGGACAAUGAGGUAUCAUUUUCCCGUCCCCGGAGUCUAAAUUUUAAUUCGGCCAGGUAUUAAAUGGUUAAUACGAUUUACCGGGAGCCUUGCAAGAAGUUGUGUUCAGGAGUUGACACUAUGACAUUAACUUUGGAACGAGAUCAGCAUCUCCAUUAUGCAUAUAAACAGCCCCACCACUAGCGUGGGUUGCCUUCAGAUUGCACCCUCUCCGUACAAAGAGUGUCUUGAUUGUUUCCUGAGAAGCAGAUAAAGUAAAUUUGGCAGAGCCUGUCGGGGUUUUAAACGCUUUACUAACGAAUGCAAGGAGGUGAAAGUCAUUCUUGUUGAACGCCACAGCAGACUGCCAGGUUUUGCCUUCCGCUGAGUCAAUCCUUGGGGAACAAGUGUGUGUCUAGCUUGUCCUGAGCUACUCUCUGAGCAGGAGGCGAUUUCAAGCUGAGUAGCACUUCCUUCCCGGCAGCUUCCCGCUCUGCCUGGCAAACCCAGAAUUUGGAGAGCCUUUAGCUUAUCUAGAUAGCGCUGCAUACUCUCUGAUAUUUUACACCCAGCAUUCUCUCUCCCCCUACGAUUAAGCUUUGGACACAAAUACAUUUGUCUAUGGUGCUUCUCUGAGUUAUUCUUUUGUAAUAUGAAUCAUUUCCAUUUUAAUUCAUGGAAUAACAAAAUGUGAC